UUCUCCGAUAAGGCGUUCAUGCUACUGGGACAUUACUCAUACGCGAGGAAGGAUGCCGGCCUUCGUUUACUCAGCGGGCGGCAUGCACGAGCCACCUACUAUAGUACCGUUUUGUCACCAAAGCCCAGCUGUUUCUAUCUUACGCCAGGCAUAGCCUACUCAGCCAAUCACUGUCGGGAACAUUUACUACUAAUGACGCUGCGAAAUGGCCUUCAUGUAGGAUGA